GCCACUGAAACCACACUCCAAUCGCCUCCUCUAGUUCUUCUCUCUCGAGUCGAGUCACUCCAAAGAGCACACCGCGCAAGAAAGCUUGUUCUAAGCCGGCUCCGAUCAAACAAUGGCUUCCACGGUUACGGUGCUGAAGAGGAGGACCACCAUAAGGAUGAGCGAGGUCGCCGCCAUGGUGUCACCAACGUCGACGACGAAGUCUAGUCUGCUGGAGGGAAGCAAAGGCGGUGGCGACGUGGCGAAGCGGUGCUGCGGACACAAGCACGAGCUCGUCGGCUACGAGGCGCUGCCGGAGUUCCUCAAGCACAACGAGUUCGUCCUCGACUACUACCGCAGCGAGUGGCCAAUCAAGCAGGCGCUCCUCAGCGUCUUCGCCCUCCACAAUGAGACCAUCAACAUCUGGACGCAUUUGAUCGGCUUCUUCGUCUUCCUCGCGCUCACCGUGUGCGCCGCCACGAUGGUUCCAAUGGAAACCGGCGUGGCGACGUCCACAGUCCACCUGGCGAACUGCACCAGCGACCCCACGGUGCUGAUGGCCUACUACGGCACCAAUGGAACGGCCAUGGCUGUGCAGGCGGUGCUGCGCCACAACGUGUCCGCUUCCGUCGUCGAGACGGAGCUCGCCUCGGCUGCGGCGGCGGGACACCCGGUCACGCGCUGGCCCUUCUACGCCUACCUGUGCGGCGCCAUGUUCUGCCUGCUGAUGAGCAGCGGCUGCCACUUGCUAUCGUGCCACUCGGAGCACGCCUGCUACGUACUGCUCCGCCUCGACUACGCCGGCAUCACGGGCCUCAUCGUCACCUCCUUCUACCCGCUCGUCUACUACACCUUCCUCUGCGACCCCUUCUACCGCACCCUCUACCUCGCCGCCAUCACCGUCUUCGGCGCCGCCGCCGUCGCCGUCUCCAUGCUGCCGGUCUUCGAGGCGCCCGACCUGCGGUGGGCGCGCGCCGCGCUCUUCGCAUGCAUGGCCGCGUCGGGGCUCGUGCCCAUCGUGCACAAGUUGCUCGUCUUCGGAGCCCGCCCAGAGGCGGUGCUCACCACGGGGUACGAGUUGGCCAUGGGGGCCUUCUACCUCGCCGGCGUCGUGGUGUACGGCGCCAGGGUGCCCGAAAGGUGGCUGCCAGGCAAGUUUGACCUUUUCGGUCACAGCCACCAGUUGUUCCACGCGCUUGUCAUCGCCGGCGCCUACACGCACUACCAGGCCGGCCUCGUUUACUUGAGCUGGAGGGACAUGGACAUGUGCUUGUAAUGAUUUUUUUUUUUUGUUUAGGUCCAUUUUUGUCAGAAGCAAAAAAACGUCGCACAGCCCAGUUUUGAUCCAAAGCUACGAAUGCAGAGCUAAGCUCUACCUUCUUUUUCGACUACAAGAUAAUUGUUUCUUUUGUAGUCGACAUUCAUAGUUUUAUGUCCAAGAUCUAUUGAUCUAUUUUGUGUUAAUUUGCAUUGAAUCGCAAUAAUCAUAUGGAAUUGUUCU